AUAAUCAACAAUCAUCAAUCAAUUCAUCAUCACCAUUUAAUCAUCAACGACAAUUAUCACCAUCAAUACGUUUAUUACAAUCGGAACAGAAUCUUAUAUCCGGGACCGCAGCAUCUCAACAUGAUAAUGAUGAUAAUGUUUCAACAAAAACAUUACGUUCAAAAUCAUUUUCAAUAUUUUAUUGUAGUCUAGGUAAUCAUCGUUCAAUGGAUCAGAAUCUAAAUUCAUCCGAACUAUCUGAAUGGUUACGUUUUCAACCGAUUUCAAUAUUACAAUUAGAUCCACCUGAUCGUUUUGUUCUAUUCAUUGCUGAUGAAAGAGAUGCAAUCCAAAAGAAAACAUUUACAAAAUGGGUGAAUAAACAUUUAAUUAAAGUAACGAAAGGUGUCGUCGAUUUAUUUGAAGAUAUUCGUGAUGGGAAUAAUCUCAUUUCAUUGUUGGAAGUAUUAUCGGGUGAAACAUUACCUAGAGAAAAAGGAAAACUACGUGUACAUCAUCUACAGAAUGUUCGAACAUGUCUGCAAUUUCUUAAAAAUCGAAAUAUAAAACUUGUAAAUAUUCGUGCCGAUGAUAUUGUCGAUGGUAAUCCUAAAUUAACAUUGGGCCUAAUUUGGACAAUCAUUCUUCAUUUCCAACUAUCGGAUAUAAUACUUUAUGAUGAUACGAUAUCAUUCAAAGAAGCAUUGCUAAAAUGGGCUAGAAAAACAACACAAGGUUAUCCAGGUGUUAAUGUAACCGAUUUUACUCAUAGCUGGAAAGAUGGAUUAGCUUUCAAUGCCAUUCUACAUCGAAACCGUCCGGAUCUACUUGAUUAUCGUUCAUGUCGUUCGAGAACGGCAAUCGAAAAUCUAGAAAAUGCCUUCACCAUUGCCGAAAACGAUCUGGGUGUAACAAAAUUAUUGGAUCCAGAAGAUGUUUACUGUCCGAAUCCUGAUGAAAAAUCAUUGAUAACAUAUAUUUCAUCUUUGUAUGAAUUAUUUCCUGAACCACCAGAAAAUAAUCCAUUAUUGGAUAAAGAACGUAUUAAACGUAUUGAAGAAUAUAAAACGGCUGCUAAACGUCUGGUCAAAUGGAUCGAUGAAAGUUGUCAUCGUCUUAGUGAUCGUAAUUUCAGUCCAUCAUUGGAAGAGAUGAAACGAAUACAGGAAGAAACGUAUCGUUUCCGUUCGGAAGAAAUUCCACCACGAUUCAAGGAUAAACAACAUCUUUGUGAAUCAUAUAAACAAAUUCUUGAAAUGGCUUUAGCAUUACCCGUACGAAUUGAUGAGGAAAUUAAACCGGACAGUAUUGAACAACGAUGGAAAGAAAUGCUGUUAGCCUAUCAAGAACGUGAUCGUGACAUCAAAGAUUAUAUGUCAAGAUUAGAAGAUCUGGAACACUUGGCUAAUAAAUUACGAAAAAACAUUCGUGAAUGUGACAAAAAACUCACCGAUAUUGAAUAUGCAAUUGUCGAUCUACAGAAACGUAUUCAACAUUCCACCACCACCGAACCAACUGAACAGGCGAUCGAACAAAUACAAAAAGAGCUUAAAUUCGAAGAAAAACGUUUGAAUAUGAUGAUCAAUGAUGCAAACUAUUUGAUUGAUCAACAUUAUCCGGAAGCUAGAGAUCUUUAUGAACAAGUUAAAUUAUUACAUGAACGAUAUCAAGCAUUGAAUUUGGAAUUUAAUGAACGAAUAUUUGGUGCACUACAAGAUAAAUCCAUACAGAAAAUUCAUCAGGUAUUUGCCGAUUAUGUUUCGGCAUUAUUGGAAAAAUUACGUGAACAGGAACGAAAAAUUGUUAAAAAGCUACAGGAACCAAUACCAAGACGUGUUCAGGAUAUUGAUCGCUUGGCUGUUGAACAUAAAGAAUUUGAAAUUGAAACCAGGCAAUUUGAACCGGAUGUGGAAAAAGUGAAACGUGAAUAUUCGAAAUUACCCACACGAAAUGCUGGUUCACAAUCAAAAUUUGAAACAUUAAUGGAAUUAUGGCAAAAUAUUUGGAAGUAUUCGGAUAGUUAUGUACAACAGAUGGAUGCUAUACGAAUCAUUCUGUUGGAUAUUAAUGAUGCAACUAAUAUGAUUUGUGAAUUGGAAAUUGCACUAUCAAGUUCACCAGAUAUGUCUUCUGAAAUUGACAAGGCACGAGCGGUAUUUGAUGAUCUUCGACGAAUUCAUUCCAAAGUUAUAAAACACGAAAGUAGUUUUGAAAAAUUAUUAUCAAAUGUUUCAAAGAUUCGUAAUAUUGUCGAACGGAAUCGACCACAUCGUACAGCAUCACAUCCCGAUAUUGAUCAACUUGAACGUGAUGUUAAAAUAUUGAAUCGAAGAUGGAAAGAUAUUGCUACACAAGCAAUGGAAAGAAUCAAAUCAUUGGAAACCUGUACAGAAUUAUUGAAUGCUUAUCGUACCAAAAUGUGUAAAGAGAUUGAAUGGAUGAAACGAAUGAAUCAGAAUGUCGAUGAUUUUGUACGUCGUAAAGAGUUGAAAAAUGCCAAGCAACUUUAUGAAGAAGCAUCAUCGCACAAGAUAUCGAUUGAAGAAACCAAUCAUUUAGGUGCUCGAUUUAUGAAAGAGGCAAAAAUCUAUGAUUUGAAAUUGAAAAAUUAUCGUGAAAAAAUUGAAGAGUAUCAUCCAAGCGUUGAUGCUGCAGCUAAACGAUCAAAAAUUAUUGGCGGAAUCGAUUGUGUUGAACAGGAAUUGAAACAACUCAAUGAUGAUUAUGCCUCGCUUUUGAAUCGUAUACUUGGCCUUUUGAAUCAACUUCAAGAUGAUGAUUCAAAGCUACGAGAAUUUCCAACAACUGUCACUAUCAAGACUUAUGAACAAUUUCCUGGUAUUAAUUCAAUAAUCAAAAGUCAUAAUUCUACUUUUAUUUUUUCAAAUAAUAAUAAUAAUAACAAUAAUAAUAAUGAUGAUGAUAAUAAUAAUAGUAACCGUAAUUCUAAUAAUGUGAUGAUUGAUGAAGAUGAUACAAUCGAUAGCCAAUGUAGUACUACUACUAUUUCAUUCACUAAUCAAUGUCAUCCAUCACCAACGACAAUAGAAGCAACAUUACAAAAAUAUCAUCAUAAAAUAACAACAGCAACCGUUUCAAAUGUACCAUUAAGUGACUUACAUGAAUGUAAAAGUCUAAAUAUUUCUACAUUGAAUUUAACACAAGAUAUACAAUCAAAAGAAACGGAUGAUAAUAUUACUGAAAUAACCGUAAAUCGUAUAUACGAAACAGAUGUUCAAAACAAAACAUUUAUAUUGAAAAAAUCUCAACCAUUACAACAUAACAAUGAAUCUGAAUCAUUUUCAAUUAAUGUGGAUGGUGAUAAACCAAUCGAUGAUAUGAUAAUGAUUGACCGUUAUGAGCCUAUUGCUCGAUUAUCUUGCUCAUCCGAUAUCCAUCAUCAAAUAAGUCGAGCAUUCAUCGAUGAUAUCUCCAGCACACCUAUUCAAUCGAAAGAGACCGAUGUAUAUUUUGAGGAUGAAAAUCCAAUCAUUUUAUCUACAAAUCUAUCUGAAAACAUUCCAUAUGAUGUGAUAAAUACCACUUCUAUGGUGAUGGCAAAACCUUCAUAUUAUUCCGAACCACCUAUCAUUAUUAAUAAAUCAAUGAAAACAAUUUCUGAAAUAGAAUUUUUAUCCACUCAACCAGAUGAACAACAACAACAACAACAAACGAUAGAACCAAACUAUUAUGAACAUUUUCAGCUGCCAACUAACGAACUCGAUGAUGAUAAUAAUUUUUCAAAAAUUAACACUGAUAACAUUGAUAUUAACAAACCAUUUUCAACAUCUUUUCAUUUUGAUUCUGUUCCUGUCGAUUUUUCCACAUCAUUUCCAUUAACAAUUAGUGAAAAUGCUAAUAUAAAUGUUCCACUAGAAUCUAAGGAACAUUAUCCUCUUAUUCAGCAUGAAUUGGCUGAUGAAUUUUUACACUGGCUUAAUCAAAAAGAAAAAAUCAUUAAAAAAUUGGAACCAAUUUGUUCAGAACCACAAAAACUUAUUGCACAAUUACAACAAACACAACAAUUGACCGAAGAAUUUGUUGCGCACAGUCCAAUGUUGAAUAAGAUUGAUAAAUUUGCCGAUUCUCUUAUGGAACGUUUGGAUCGAACCGAUUCACAAUUUAGAUCGAUACAGGAAAAACAACAAUCAAUCCAUGAUAAAUGGAACAAAUUGACCAAUAUUUUAGCUGAACGUGAAAAGAAUUUACUUGCUGUCAAAGAUGCGGCCAAUGAAUUCCAGAACAAGUAUGAUCGAUUAUUGGCUGCUUUGCAUAAAAUUUCUGAUGAUUUUGACAAUAUUGUUGAUUCUGGUGCCGAUGGUGAUGAACAAUUGUUGAAAUUGUCUCAUUUAGAAGAAUCGCUAGAAGCACAACGUCCAAACAUUGCCGAUUGUGACCGUUCAUGUCAAAAACUUUGUGAAUUGCUCACCGAUAAUGGUUCAAAGAAUGAAGUUCGAGGUCGUGUUGAUGGCCUACGAAAAUUUUACGAUGAUUUAAGCCAAAAAAUAAGCGAUAAAAAAGCUGAAUUACAAUUGGCAUUGAAAGAAGAUAAAGAUUUCUUUUUCAAUUGUAAUGCCAUUCAAGAUUGGCUUCGUAACAUGCAGAAUAGAUUAUUGAAAGAAUUUAAAGUUUCGGCCAUACAUGAAAAACUUCUCAAACAAGUGGAUCAAUUUGAACCACUUUAUCGUGAAGUUUUGGAUAAGGAACAUGAAAUUCAUAUUUUGAUUCAAAAAGGUGACGAAUUACAGCGAGGUAUUAGCCGACCAAGUGAUCAGAAUCAAAUACGAACAAAAAUGGAUCAAUUAAAACGUCAAUAUAAUCAAUUGAAAGAUGAAGCUACCGUACAACAUACAAAAUUACAGAAAUGUUUAGACAUUAGUACAAAAUAUCGAAAUGCUUUCAAUGCUUUCAUGCCAUGGUUGACACAGGCCGAAAAUCGCCUAAAACAAUUUGAAGGACUUGUGCUGACCAAACAACACAUGGAAAAAAUGUUGCGUGAAAUUCAGGCCUUGAAAAGUGACAUUUCCCGACAUAGUUCAGAUUUUGAAACAAUUUGUUCGUUAGGUGAAAGUCUCAUCUCAACGGCUGAUAUUGAUACUGAAGUAAUUCGUGAACAAUUAAAUGAAUUGAAAAAACGAUGGAAUAAUCUUCAACGAGAAGUUGAAAAUAAACUUAAAGAAGUGGAACAAUUGUUACAAAAAUUGAACAUUUAUGAUGAUAAAGCAGGGGAUUUGAAUCAUGGCCUCAAUCGUCUGGAUGAUAAGCUUAAUCAAUUAAGUCAUAAAGAUCCAAAACAAUUGGAAAAACUUGAAUCACUAAUGGAUGAUUCAAAAAAAUUGGCCGAUGAUUUGGAUAAGUUGAAAAAAGUUGGUUUCAAAAUUAUCGAUGAAGCUGGACCGGAUGCUGAUUCGGCUCCUAUCCGUGAUGGUUUAAAAAAUUUUGAUGAUCGUUAUAAUACGUUGAACAACAAUUUAGCUGAUCGUCAUCGUAGCCUGCAGAAAGCAUCAGGUGCUAUGCAAAAAUUCAACAAUGAUCUUUCUGCCAUUCAAAAAGAUUUGAAUGCCUUGGAAGAAAAACUGGAUAAAAUGGCUCCAAUUGGUCGCAAAAUUCAAGUGGUUCAGAUGCAAAUUGAAGAAAUGAAAGAAUUCAAUGGCAAAUUAUCUAAAGUAUAUGAUAAUCUUAAAGAAGCUGACCGAACAUGUGAUGAUUUGAUUGCCAAAGGAUUUGCUAGCGAUCCAAUCGGUACUCGUAAUCAAUUGGACAAUUUACAUCGAAAAUAUGAACGAAUCAAAGAACGUGGUGAGAAUCGUUUGAAAAAUCUGGAUGAUGUUCUCGAUCAAUUGAAACAAUUUAACGAUCUUAUUAAUCAAAACAUGAGAAGCAUUAAAGAUUUAUUGAAAGAAAUUGACAAUUUCAAACCGAUUAGUCGUGAUGUUGAAACCAUACGAUCACAGCAAAGAGAACUACAAUCGUUUGUACAGAAUCGUGUCGAACCAUUAAAACAACAAGUUGACGAGGUAAAUCGAUGUGGAAAUGAAUUGAUACAAUCAGCAUCUCAUGGUGUCGAUGUUGGCCAGGUGGAAAAAGAUCUGGAAAAACAAAAUGAAACCUGGAACAAUCUCAAAGCAAAGGUACAAGAACGAGAAAAAAGUCUGGAAGCUGCUUUCCUUCAGGCUGGCCGAUUUGAAGAUGCAUUGCGAAAUGUUGAAAAAUGGCUCAGCGAAACUGAAGAAAUGGUAGCUAAACAGAAACCACCAUCAUCGGAUUAUGUUGCACUCAAAGCACAGAUUCAAGAACAAAAAUAUUUGAAAAAGACAUUGACCGAUCGUCAAGAAAGUAUUGAUAAUCUACAAGAAUUGGGUCGUGCUUUGAUGAAUAAUUUGGAUCGAGCUGAACGAAAUCAGAUUGAAAAACAAUUGGCCGACGUUAAUCGACGUUUCAAUCGAUUAUUUGAUAGUUGUAAUGAACGAAUGAAAAUGCUUGAUGAUAUACUUCCAUUGGCGAAAGAAUUUUCCGAAAAAAUUGUUCCACUUCAGGAAUGGCUUGAAUCAAGCGUAAGAAAACUUACCACACUGCAGGCUUUCUCAAUCGAACCGAAUAAAUUAAAUCGACGAAUCAGUGAACAUCAAAGUUUCCACCAGGAAGUAGUAGGUAAACAAAAAGAUUUCAAAAAUCUAUCAAACAUUGCCCAACGGUUGAUUCAUCUAAUUCGAUCGGAUGAUGAAGGAAAAUUAAUUGCUGAUAAACUAUCCGAAGUGAUUGAAAAAUAUGCUAAAUUGGUUGAAGAUAGUGAUGAAUUACAGAAAACAUUACAUGAUGCAUCCAAACAAAUCGUAACAUUCUUGGCUAAUUUUGAUAAACAUUCAAAGUGGAUAAAUGAAAUGGAAUCAAAACUACAAAAACAUAAAAUUCUUAACGUUCAUCUGGAUAAACUUAGAGAUCAAUUGGAUGACGUAGAGAAUAUUCAUCGUAAUGUCGAUUCGUAUCAACGUGAAAUCGCUGAAUUUGUCACUCAUGGUCAACAAUUGGCCAAACAAUAUUCAACGAAUGAUUCAAUGUUUAUACGGCAAAAAGUUGAAUCCAUUCAGAAUAAAUUCAAUGACCUUACACAAAUGGCCAGUGAUAAAUUGGAACAAAUUCGAGCUUCAUUGAAUUUGGCUCAAAAAUUCUAUGCUGCCUUCGAUGAAUUGAAUGAAUGGAUGAAAAUGGCUGAAAAUAAACUGAAUCAAAUUGAUUCAUAUCCUAUUUCACAACAAAAUGAAAUUAUCGAUAGUCUAGAAUCGGAUGUUACAUCGAAACGAAGAUUAUUGGAUACGAUUAACAAUUUGGGAAAUGAAUUUGCCCGCACAAGCCCAGGACAAGGUGCAUCGACAAUCAAUGGCUAUGUUUCCAAAUGUAAUAAACGAUUUGAUGCCAUUAUUGAACAACUUCAACGAAAAAGUGAAAAAUUACGCUUAAUGCGUGAACAAAAUGAAUCGCUAAACAUCGAUAUCGAUGAAUUAUUCGAUUGGUUUAGAGAUGCUGAACGACAAUUAUUGGAAGCCGAACCAAUCACAUCGAAUUAUGAUCAGCUUUUGAUUUUAUUGCGUGAAGUAAAAUCCCUAAACGAUGAUAUUAAUCAACAAAAAUUACGUGUACGUGAAAUUGUGAAUAAAGUGAAAAAAUUAAUGCGUGAUUCGACGACGGCCAACGAUGAAUUGAUCAACAUUAAUAAUAAAACUGAUGAACUUAAAGAAUUGGCUAAUAAUGUUGCACAAUUAUGUCAGGAUCGUCUUAAUUCGAUCGAACAUGCCUUGCCAUUAGUUGAACAUUUCUUUGAUACCCAUAAUGAAAUUGUACAAUUUUUGGAUGAAAUCGAAAAUGAAGUUCAAAUUCUGUCACAACCAUCGAUUUAUGUGGAACAGAUUCGUAAACAACAGGAAACGACAAAACGUUUGAUACAAAGUCUGAAAUCGAAUAAACCAUUAUUCGAACGAUUGAAUAAAACUGGUGAUGAACUGAUUGGUUUGUUGCAGAAAAAAUCCGAUAUACAUCAAAUUAAACAGAUUAUGGAUGAUGAUAAUGAGCGAUAUAAUCGGCUUAAAAAUGCUUUACGUCAACGACAAAAUGAUCUGGAGAAUGCUUUACAAGCAACAUCAUUAUUUACGGAUAAAUUGGAUGGCAUGUUGAAUGCAUUAAAUAAUACUGCCGAUCAAUUGAAAAAUGCCGAACCAAUUUCGGCACAUGUUCCAAAAAUUAAAGAACAAAUCGGCGAUAAUAAUGCCAUAUUGGAUGAUCUGAAAAAACGUGAAGAUGCAUUCAAUGCUGUGAAGAAUAAUGCGAAAGAAAUAAUAAGUAAAGCUGGCCGUUCGGAUGAGCCUGCCAUUCGCGAUAUUAAAAAUAAAUUGGAUCGAUUGAAUGACCUUUGGAAUGAUAUUAAUCGAAUGGCCAAUGAACGCGGUGAUUGUCUGGAUGAUGCACUUAAAUUGGCCAAACAAUUCUGGAAUGAAUUAAAUGAUGUUAUACGUGCAAUCAAAGAUCUUGAAGAUGCACUUGAAUCACAGGAACCGCCGGCCAUUGAACCAGAUAAAAUUCAACGACAACAGCAUAUUCUAUCGGAAAUUAAACAUGAUAUGGAUCGUACACGACCACGAUUGGAACAAUGUAAACAAGUGGGUAAAAAUCUGAUCAAAGUGUGUGGUGAACCAGAUCGUCCAGAAGUACGAAAACAAAUGGAAGAUCUUGAUAGUGCAUGGGAUAAUGUAACCAGUUUGUAUGCAAAACGCGAGAAAAAUCUUAUCGAUGCCAUGGAAAAAGCAAUGGAAUUUCAUGAAAAGAUGCGAAAUCUUCUGAAAUUUCUGGAUGAUGCAGAAAAUAAAUUCGACAAACUUGGUCCGAUCGCAGCCGAUAUUGAUGAGGUGAAAAAACAAAUACAGGAAUUGAAAAAUUUCAAAAAUUGGGUCGAUCCACAUAUGGUCGAUGUUGAAGCAUUAAAUCGUAUGGCACAUGAACUAUUGGAUCGAGUACCAAGUCACCAGGCUAAAGGUAUUCGUGAUGCUAUCAAUGAUAUUAAUAAACGAUGGAAAAAUUUAUUGAAAAAUAUUGGUGAUCGAAAAAGUGAUCUGGAUAAUGCCCUACUAAAAUUGGGACAAUUUCAACAUUCCUUAAAUGAAUUACUAGCCUGGAUCGAUAAAAUUGAAAAAAUAUUGGAUGAAGGUGAAAAAAUAUAUGCUGAUCCACAAGUGAUUGAAGUUGAAUUGGCUAAACAUAAAGUGUUACUCAAUGAUAUUAAUGCACAUCAGGCCAAUGUUGAUGCAUUAAAUCAGGUUGGCCGUCAUCUAAUUGAUUCGGAAAUGGGAUCCGAAAAUGCACGAAAUACGAAAGCUAAAUUGAAUCAUUUGAAUUCCCGUUGGAAUACGCUAAUUGAUAAGGCUAAUGGUCAUACAAAUGAAUUAGAAGAAUGUUUGCGAAAAUCACAAUCACUUGCACAGGAAAUUCAAGAUAUGAUGGCCUGGUUGAAUGAAAUGGAUCAAUUGAUUAGUACAUCGAAACCAGUUGGUGGUCUACCGGAAACGGCACGUGAACAAUUGAAUCGUUUUAUGGAAAUCUAUAAUGAAUUGGAUAUGAAUCGUCAUAAAGUGGAAACCUUAUUGCAAAAUGGUCAUGAUUAUGUAUCAAAAGCUAAAGAAGGACAAGCCGUUCAUCUACAACAGAAUCUAAAAAAUCUACAAAACAAAUGGGAAAAUAUUUUAAAUCGUGCUAAUGACCGUAAAAUUAAAUUAGAAAUCGCGCUGAAAGAAGCAACCGAAUUUCAUGAAGCAUUACAAGAAUUUGUUGAUUGGUUAACAUCGGCCGAAAAAUAUCUUGCUUCAUUACAGCCGGUUAGCCGUGUAUUAGAACAUGUUCUUAAACAGAUUGAAGAACAUAAACAAUUCCAAAAAGAUAUUGGUCUACAUCGUGAAACAAUGUUGAAUCUGGAUAAAAAAGGAACACAUUUGAAAUACUUUAGCCAAAAACAAGAUGUCAUCCUCAUUAAGAAUCUUCUUUCAAGUGUACAAUUACGUUGGGAAAAAGUAUUGACUAAAACGGCUGAACGAGCAAGAAAUCUUGAUCAUGGUUUCAAAGAGGCAAAAGAAUUUCAUGAUUCAUGGUCCGAUCUUAUUACAUGGCUUGAUGAUGCUGAACGAACAUUGGAUAGUAUUGAACCAAUGGGUAAUAAUCCUGAUUUAAUUAAACAAACUCUUUAUCGUCAUAAAGAAUUUCAACGACAAUUGGGUGGUAAACAAUCGAAUUAUGAUUCAACAAUGCGUUUUGGUAAAAGCCUAAAGGAUAAAGCACCAAAAGAUGAUGGACCCAUAUUACAGGAAAUGUUAGAUGAAUUGAAAAAUAAAUGGAAUGCUGUAUGUCAGAAAUCGGUGGAUAAACAACGUAAACUUGAAGAAGCUCUACUGUUUUCUGGACAAUUCAAGGAUGCCAUACAGGCAUUGAUUGAAUGGUUGGAAAAAGCGAAACAAAUAUUGGCAUUUGAUCAACCGGUACAUGGUGAUCUAGAUACGGUCAAUACAUUGAUCGAUGAUCAUCGAAACUUUAUCGAUGAUUUUAAAUCACGUGAAAAGAAUAUGCAAUUUGUUCGCAAAACAGCGGCUGAUCUGAUGAAAUCGGCUAAUGCAGAUGAUGCACGACAAAUCGGUAGACAAAUGGAAACAUUGGAAGAGAAAUGGGCUGAAAUUGAAAAAAUGAUGCAACAAAAACAACUUCGUUUAGAUGAUGCAUUGAAAUUGGCAAAUCAAUUACAUAAAGCUGUACAUACAUUGCUUGGAUGGCUUUCGGAUGCUGAACUUAAAUUACGUUUCGCUGGCCCGUUACCCGAUAAUGAAGAUGUCGUACAACAACAAAUACGUGAACAUGAAAAUUUUAUUCGUGAAAUGCAACAAAAAGAACGUGAAAAGAAUUCAACAUUGGAUUUGGCCAACGAUAUUCUACGACUUUCACAUCCAAACGCAUUACCAGUUAUUAAACAUUGGAUAACAAUCAUUCAAUCACGUUGGGAUGAAGUGGAAUCAUGGGGCAGACAACGUGAAAAACGUCUUAAUGAUCAAUUAAAAUCGAUGAAAGAUGCAUCCGAAUUAUUAAAUAAUUUGGAUCAAUGGUUAGCGACAACAGAAUCAAAUCUGAAUGAACUUGAAUCACAACCAUUACCGGAUGAAAUAAUUGAAUUGGAAAAAUUAAAUGAUGAUCAUCAACGAUUAAUCGAUGAUUUGAAUGACAAAAAAGUGGAUGUUGAAUUUAUUAUCAAAACAUAUUCGUCGAAGAAGCCGUCAUCUGCCUCGAAAGAUCGAUCAACAUCAUCAAAACAUCGUUUAUAUGGUGUGAAAAUGCCGAAAGCACAAUUUGAACCGGAAAUCAAUAAUCCGAAAGCUAAUCAUAUGUUGGAUAAAUGGCAUUCUGUAUGGCGAUUAGUUUCCGAUCGUAUGAAACGAUUAAAAGAUGGCUUAAAUUAUAAUCGUGAAAUGGAAAAAAUGAAAAAUUUUGAUUUCGAAGAAUGGCGAAAACGUUUUUUAUUCUUUAAUGAUCACCGUAAAGCAAAAUUAAUGGAUUUUUUCAAACGAAUCGAUCGUGAUAAUGAUGGCCGUGUUAGUAAAUCUGAAUUUAUCAAUGGAGUAUUGAAUUCACGUUUUACAACGAAUCGUUUGGAAAUGGAAAAUGUGGCUGAUAUAUUCGACAUUAAUGGUGAUCGUUAUAUUGAUCAGAAAGAAUAUUUGGAUACAUUAAGGCCGGAUAAAGGUGAUGGUGCUGGUCAAUCAUCAAAAACGGAAUCGGAAAUAAUACAGGAUGAAGUUCAACGAUUAGCCGAUCAAUGUACUUGUGUUGAACGUUAUAAAGUAUAUCGAAUUGAUGAAGGAAAAUAUAGGUUUGGCGAUUCGCAAAAACUUCGUCUAGUUCGAAUAUUACGUAGUACCGUUAUGGUACGUGUUGGUGGUGGAUGGGUUUCGUUGAGCGAUUUUCUUCUCAAACAUGAUCCUUGUCGAGCCAAAGGUCGUACUAAUGUAGAAUUGCGAGAACAAUUUGUGCUUGCUGAUAGUGUAAGAGGUCAAUCAAUGACACCAUUUAAAUCAAAAUCACCAUUCCAAUCGGAUGGUUCCAUUACGAUGACUGGCCCGAUUUCGAAGAUCCGAGAAAAAACCGAACGGAGUAUGCCUAUGUCUCAAACUUAUCGUUAUGGAGGAUCUAGUGGUGAUCAUACCAAUAAUGAAGAUCAAGAAGAUCUAUUUCGAUCACGUUCACGUACACGUAUGACUCCUUCGAAUAGUCGGCCAACAAGCCGUUCUGGAUCGUACCAUUCAUCAAGUCAACCACCAAGUCGUGCUGGUAGUGAUAUGUCAACCGGAAGUCUUGAAGGCUAUAAAUUAGGUCCAAGAAAAAAGAGUGGACUUAAUGGUUCGACUAUUGGUCGACCAACAACAUCAUCAUUUAAUCGUGCAUCUUCAUUUACUAAACAAUCAUCACCUUCUCCGAUUGGUCCACGAUGGAAUAUAUAAUGAUUUGAAAGACAAAUUAUAAAUAAUAAUGACCGAUGAUAACGACGACGACGAUGACGACGACCAUU